AUGUUCCUCCCCUCACCACGCAUAAGACGCCUCUUCAUCCUCCUCUUCCUCGCCUUCCUCGUCGGCAACGCCCUCUUAUUCCUCGUCCUCCCCCACGACAAUCCCCUCGUCCUCGCCUUCCGCUUCAACACCGCCAGCCUCAAAAACUGGUGGCGCGGCCCGGGAACCGAAAAGGACGCCUGGCUGUACGAGCCCGCCAAGUUCCCCAUCGAGUACCGCACCGACGUCGGCCUGCUCAUCAAGACGGGCUACGGAACUCGUCACCGGCUCGCGGCGCAGCUUGAGGCAUUUGACCUCACGGCGCGGGAUAAGGAUGCGUUUGUGGUAGUGGGCGACUGGACGCCGCGGGAGAAUGGGACGAUUGCCGGGGUGAAGGUGCACGAUGCCAUUGGCGGCGUCAUGGCGAUGCCGGAGAUGAGGGCCCAUCAUGAUGCGCCCAAGUUUAAGGAGUAUCUGGCCCUCAGGGAUGCCGUGCAAAAAGGGGAUGAUGCUAAAGCUACUGAGAUUGGCCAGAGUUUCGGGUGGGAUCUGGAUGCGCUCAAGUUCAUCUGGGGCCUCGAAUACAUCUACGACAACCUCCCGCCAAAGAAAUGGUACGUCAUCGUCGACGACGACACCUACCUCGUUAAAUCCUCCCUCCGCCUCCUUCUCGCGCAUUGGGACUCGGACGAGCCGCAGUACAUUGGCAACGCAGUCGGCGACUUCAAGGGCCGCUUUGCGCACGGCGGAUCAGCCGUCGUGAUAUCGCACGAGGCAGCGAAACAGCUCCUCUCUCGGCGGGACGUUGUCGCCGCGGCGCAGGAGCACUCGCUCGAGGAGACGUGGGGUGAUAAGCUUGUCGCAACGGCGUUCCAGAAGAUCGGGGUGUACCUCGAUGAGCGGUACAGCCACUUCUUCAAUGGCGAAAGGCCGAAUAUCAGCAAGAUGAUGGCGGACCGAUUCUGCUCGCCGCUCGUGUCGUUUCACGGGGUGGCGGACCCAGCUGAGAUGAAGAGAGUUGGACGGGCGUUUGCGGACGAGAGGAGUCCAGUAUUCUGGGGACAGCUGUGGGAGAUUUAUGGCGCGCCGUCAGUGGAGGAGUUUAGGAGGAUGCCGGUGCGGACUGGGCGUGAUUAUGUUGGGAGGAUUGAUGAGCGAGCGAAGAUGGUGCACGCGGUUACCAGCGCAGAGGCGUGUUUGAAGGAGUGUGAGGGUAUGGGGAGCAAGUGUUUGGCGUGGGCUUGGGUCGAGCACAUCUCGGAGUGCAAGCUAAGCCCGUGGAUGAUUCUUGGGGAGGAAAUAGAGGGGCACUAUUCGGGGAUCAACACGGACGAAGUUGAGAAGCUACAGGUAAGUUGUUAA